GUGUGUGUGUGUGUGUGUGUGUGUGUGUGUGUGUGUGUGUGUGUGUGUGUGUGUGUGUGUGUGUGUGUGUGUGUGUGUGUGUGUGUGAGAAACUAAAAAGCAUGUUUGAGGGUGGGUAGCCACAUCCUGUGAGCUACGAUAGACUGGGGAUUAAUGUUCUGGGUAACAUAAACAGUUGCUUGUUCAGACAAAUGUGCAAUCUAAGUUGCAUCUCCACAUUAAGGCUGACAUUUGCUUCGUUCAAAAGCAGCCAUGGCGAUGAUCCAACAACAGGUGAUGACCAACCAGCCCAGUGUGGUGGUGACCUCGGCUUUCGAGCCGGGGAGGGAGAUGUGGUCAUCCGGCUUGUUCAGCUGCUGUGACGACAUGGAGAUAUGCUGCCUUGGGUAUUGUUUCCCGUGCGCCCUGGCGUGUCAGGUCAGCGCCGACCACGGCGAGGGUCUGUGUCUCCCCCUGCUGGAGCUGUGUAGCGGCAUAGUGCCAGCCGUGGCCCUGGGCCUCCGGAUCUCAGUGAGAGAGCGCUACCGCAUAAAGGGAUCCAUUUUCGACGACUGCUGUAUCGUCACGUUCUGCGGCAUAUGCUCAUACUGUCAGCUGGCACGGGAACUCAAGGAACGCCGGUGCCGUCACACACAGGUCAUCUCCUCCACCACCGUGCAGGUCACCUCGAAUCCUCCGGCAUAUUACCCUGUCCAAGGCUACGGUCCCCCACAAUAAUAAGCAGGACCCAAGGCUUUAUACUUGAUAAUAAGGAGUGCAAUUGUAUUGCUGUGGAGCUUUUUUGGGAAAUGUUUGCUUAGAGCCGGUGGGGCAUGACGUUAUGGUUGCGGGUUUGAGCCCACCCAAGAAAUGUGCCGCUCAAGGCUUUGCAAGAUGGCUUGGUUAAAACGUGUGUGUUUGUGUGUGUGUGUGUGUGUGUGUGUGUGUGUGUGUGUGUGUGUGUGUGUGUGUGUGUGUGUGUGUGUGUGUGUGUGUGUGUGCAGGGCCGUGGCACCAAAUCCUGGGCCCUGUAUACAAG